GAUUCUCGCAUCAGGAUUAGCCUGAAAUUGCAGGAGGCUUGGAUAGAUACCUCUUCCUUCCUCCCCUUUAGAAUGGAAUGAAAAUGCUACAAGUACACUCCACUGAAAGGCAUCACCAGUAUAGUCACAACCAAAGACAAUUUGUCCUGAAUGGUGCUGCCAUCUGUUGGACAAAUUUCUUUUUGGUACUUUCUUCAUCUAGCCAAUGACAAAAUAAAUGUGCCAUGCUUUUGUAAAUUUCUUGAUAAAGAGCAGUGUCAAGUCCAUGGUUUUAGUUUCUGGACGAGAAGGAAUCCAUGAUGAAGUUCAUAGUCAACAAUGUCAAAAAUGGAUGUCGCCAUGGGUAUCUGCAGGACUUUAAACGCUGUUCAGGAGUAAAAGACUUGGUGGUUGAAACCCCAAUGUGUCUGAUGUAUACACGUGGAGGCAGUGUUCCCCAUCUGACUGGAGAUGUCUUGAAAAAAGUUGACAACAUUCCAAAGAUGACGCAGUUGCCCUUAAAUCUUUUGGCUGAACACAAAGGAGCAAUUGGAAUGGUUGCGGGUGGCCUUGGUGGCUUCUGUAGCCUCGAUGAAGGCAGUGUCCUCUACUGUCCUAUACAUGAUACGACUACUGCCGUCCCCUCAGGGUACAAUGGUAACAUUGGCGUGGGCAUUUGGGGAAGAGGUGGGAAAAUCAUGUUGGACAUCGACACAUUCCUGCAAGUCCAAGAAGCCCUGCGAGUUGAUUUCUACCAAGCGAUGAGCGACAAUGACGUUGAUGAGAGAAGUGGGAAGAAACGUCUCAAGAAAUCACACGAUCGAACAAUCAAUUUUCUCGAUCGUACCCUUGAGAGACACCAAAAAUCUGAAAAAUUGAAAGAUACUGAGAUCUUUGGCACAGUUGUUGGUGGGUUUAGUGAAGAAGACAGAAUCUUUUCUGCAAAAGAAACAGCUGAGCGACCAGUGGCAGGUUUUGUUUUGGAUGGUUUCCAUAGAUACGGGCCAGAGAGUGAGAACUUUGAUGUACAACAUCAUCGAGAUCUCAUCAAAGUUACCACUGAUAACCUGCCUAAAGACAAGCCGAGAAUCAUGCAUGGACUAUGGUCUCCAGAUAUGGUGCUCAGCGGUGUCGAGUGCGGCAUUGACAUCUUCGAUAGCUCAUACACAUACAUUGUAACUGAACGAGGCAGUGCCUUGGUCUUUGAUUAUGACUUUCAAAAAUAUGAUAAAGAGAAGUCAUUACCAGCUGAGAAUGGCAACAGUGAUACAUGUACAAGACCAUUUGAAAUAAAUCUCAAGGAGAAAAAAUAUUUUGAUGACUUCAGCCCGCUGUUAGAAGGCUGCACAUGUUAUACCUGCAGGAAUCACACCAAGUCGUAUGUCUCUCAUCUACUCAACACCACAGAGCUGCUGGCUGGCGUUUUAUUACAAAUACACAACUUCCAUCAAUACUUCCACUUCUUCUCGUCACUUCGUGAAUCACUUCGAGAGGACAAGUUCGACGACCUGAAGGCCUUGAUACAACAGCAAAAGAGAUAACAAACAUUCGAAUAGGACGAAUAAAGACUGCGAAGAACUCAUGUUAUUUAUUACAUUAAAGGAGGAGAGCGUUAAGAAUAUACUAAGCUCUCCUUAACAACGUUUACAGGGUUCCAGAAUGUGUUUUAAAAUGACUGAUUUGUGAUGUUAUAGUGUGUACUUGAUUGGAUCCUGAAGUCUUUAGCCUCUGAAUUGAAAAUUGAAUGCCAGCAAUGUACAUGUAGUUUACAGUAUAGGAUUGUUCAAUAGUACAUGUAGGCAAUUGAGUUAUACAGGGUUUUCAGUUUAGAAUUCAUUACAGGUUAUUGAUUUCAACCAUUAUUUCAUUACAUUUGUUGUGGUCUAUUAUAGACAAUGAGUGUAGUUUCUUCCAUAGUGUGUGCCGCUUCAUGCGGGGCCUGACACAACACUAUACAAGUUACAGAUGUCUGCGGCUUCUAUGCAGAUCACAUGGACACAGUCAGGUUCUGCGAGGCAUUUGAAAAGACUGUGCUUUCUGGGGAAGUCUAUCCCUUCAAUCGUUUUGAUUCUUGUGAGAGUGCCAGUUAUGAAGUUGAAUGGUUUGUUCACGCUGAAUGUUGCUGAUCUUGAUGAAUUUGUCACUAGCCGGUCAGAUAUCGUCCAUGUUUUGGAAACUGAAAAGAAAUUAUGAUAUUUUAUUAUUCAGUUAACCAUCCACGAGAAGAGUAAACCCUUGAAAAAAGUGUGAAAUGGUCAGCCGAAGAUGGAUCUCAAAUGGCUUCCCAUUUUUUCAUGCUCGUCUACUUAAAGGAGUUGGUCCCUUAGGCCAGAUUUAUUUGGAGUUCACGUUUUACAUGUCACUUUUUACUUGUUAUUCAUGACAUGAAGAACAAACAAGUUGUUUCCAAAGAGCGGUUUACAUACGAUUCACGAUCUCACUUUUCAGCGUUCAUAUUCAAUUAUGGGUCAGAAAAAUUGAAAUGCAAUUACACAAUGCCGUAGUGUAGUUAUUAUGAAUGUAGCUUUCUUGAACCUUUGUAUAAUAUUUGUAUAUCUCGCUACACAACGGCAAUGUUGAAAUUUAUAUUCGGUACGUAAUUUUCAAAUUUUAAUGAACAGUGUAGGUCUUUAAAAAGCUUCCUGAGUGGAGUGGCGAUAUCUGACCAGGGACUUACCUAGACAGUGUAUUUGAAGAUGACAUCUUGGACAGUCGGUUAAUACGCAUUGUAAAGUGCCAUCAGACAGGGUCUGUGAACUCAGAGCAGAGUUAGUUUCUCUCCAUCUGAAAUUGGAAUGAAAUGAUGCCUGUUCAUAUUGUGAAGGUUUCUUUCAUAACAAAAAUAGAAUUAAAAAGUGUGCAUUUUAAGUUAGAAAGAGUAGAUUAUUACGGCCUUGCAAAGAGUUGGGGGGGAAUCUCCCCAGUUGUAGGCUUCCUUCUCAAGUCUUGCCACGGCCUUCAGUGCCCUAGAUAUGCAGUAAUAAAUGUGCAGUGACAACACUCACAAUUAGAGGGAGGAGGGCCAUUACAUCAGCCAAUACCAUUACUCCUCUAAUCUCAACCAGCCAACCAGAAAAAUGGCCCACUCACGGUGAAUAUAGACUGCAUCCGUAAGCUUGCUGGCCAUCAGGGCAUGUUCUUACUGGGUCUGCACUAUAUGUUGCCGAUUCGAAUGAAGGAGUGCUUAGAGCGUGAGCCUUUCCUCCCGUGAACAAACAGCUUAUUUCACUCUGUUGAAGAGAAGAUAUAACCAUGCAGGGUUAUUGGUGAGUUGCUGAAAACACAAAAAUAUUCACAUGCCUGUUUUUGCAUUUUUCACGUUUACAGCUCACCGUUGAUAAAGAAUGAAAGUUCAAGGAAAUUCCUCACCAAACCCUGUAAGCAACUGACCAGAAUCAUAAAAGCAAUAUUCAUUGGCCUUACCAUUACAGUCCCUGGUUUACCUCCCCAUUUCAGUGCGGUACAGGUCCCAUCAUCAUUCAUGUAGGAGCCGUCCGCCCAUCCUAUGUAGUCACAUCUGACUGGGGUAUACUCUGUGGGACAGGGGGGUGAGAUGGAUGGUGAAUCAUCGCCUGUACCCGAGGGCGGGCCAAUCAUUGUAAUGAAUGCUGAGAUACCUAGGCGAGAGAGAAUAAUUGGUCCAGUUAGAUUGGACGCCAGGAUAUCCUGAUGACUCUAGUUUCUUGGGGGGGGGGGGGCAAGAUGGAUGGUGAAUCAUCGCCUGUACCCGAGGGCGGGCCAAUCAUUGUAAUGAAUGCUGAGAUACCUAGGCGAGAGAGAAUAAUUGGUCCAGUUAGAUUGGACGCCAGGAUAUCCUGAUGACUCUAGUUUCUUGGGGUGGGGGGGGGGGGCAAGAUGGAUGGUGAAUCAUUUCCUGUACCCGAGGGCGGGCCAAUCAUUGUCACGAAUGCCGAGAUGCCUAAGACAGAAAGAAUAAUUGGUCGAGUUAGAUUGUAUGGCAAUAUGAAAGAUCUUACCGAGAUUCCUUAUCAUGAAGGCAAGAAUGGUGAUGGCACAAAGACGGGAAUGAAGUGACAUCUUCAUGGUAUCAAAAGGCAACAUUCCAAUCAAGUGAAUUCAGAACAAAUUGUAAAUUGAUUCGGACGAUGUAACAAACCUAACAUGAUCUCAUAGUCUGUCCGACCUCACACCACACGCCUACAUUGUUCUUGUGGUAAUUUCCUGCUUUGUGUUUUGAUUAUUGGCUAUUACUCUUAAUUUCUUAGUUAAACAUGCAUAAAACAGACCAAUAUUUAUCAUUACCCACGAGCAAGCAUAGAUUAAUGACCGCCAAGUGUUGGACUAAAUGUUGUCAUGGUACUCUUCUUGUUACAUAAUAGUAUUGUUCAGAUUCCAGGACUCAAUCUUGACAUUUGUCGCUUUCCGUUAAUAUUUGUCAGCGCAACUUGAAUGCCCCCGGCCGUCCAUUUAUAAAGCUGAUUGAUCAACCGGGCCGCGUAGGAAAGAUCAGGAUAAAAACAUAUCAAACUGUAAGAUUGUAAAAUUUGGCUUUUGGUCUUCGUAGCCUUGCAUCCAUCCGACAAAAGGGUGCAUGUAAGAUUAAUUCUCCUUGGAGCUAAAUUUACUUUCAUGCCAAGGCAAGUCUUACUGGUAACAAAAGAGAAAACAUUCAGAGAAGGCUUUUCUGGGAACCAGGUCCUGCUUCCCAUGGAGCCUCCUCAGUAUGUUGUUCCAAAAUUUAAGAGUGAUUAUUCCACAGUUCCAAUCUCGGGACACGACCACCAAGGGAUAACACUUCAACUUUACAACUUAUCUAAUCGAUUACUCUCUGCGCUCUCACAUUGAGUAUCGUGGAUUGAGAAUAGAGAAUCAGAAAUAAAGUAGCCAACUUGUCUUGAGAUGGAAAAAAUGGUUAGAUAUUUUUUAGAAAGUUGAACGAUCAUUGGAAGCUACUAAAUAGGGGUUGUCCUUAUUUGUGGACGUUUCUAAAAAGAGUAUAAUUAGAAGGCCUUGAUAAAUGUAAUUGUAUACUGUUUUGAAGGUUUUUUUCCCCUUGACAUAAUAACCAGUGGCAUUUCCAAGGUUAUUCCAGUGGACCUCCAGUGAGAUUUCAAAAAGGUUCUAUGUUGUUAACCCAGUGGUAGGCAGUACUGAUGCAUGUGUGAAAGCCACUACCACUCAACAUAACCAGUGGUGUUUCCAAGGUUAUUCCAGUGGACCUCCAGUGAGAUUUCAAAAAGGUUCUAUGUUGUUAACCCAGUGGUAGGCAGUACUGAUGCAUCUGUGAAAGCCACUACCACUCAACAUAACCAGUGGUGUUUCCAAGGUUAUUCCAGUGGACCUCCAGUGAGAUUUCAAAAAGGUUCUACGUUGUUAACCCAGUGGUAGGCAGUGCUGAUGCAUGUGUGAAAGCCACUACCACUCAACAUAACCAGUGGUGUUUCCAAGGUUAUUCCGGUGGACCUCCAGUGGGAUUUUAAAUGGGUUCUCAAGGGGUAUGAUUAUGUUUGUAGUUUUUUUCUGACGUAUGUGUUGUAAAUUUACAAUGUUCCAAGCAGGAGUUGGGGUUAUUUUCUGGGAGAAUUUCAUUUCACUUAUAAUGAAGUGUACAUUAUAUUGUGAAAUAUUCAAAUUAAAAAUUGCUUGGGUUGUUUUUUAAUUCCAUUUCA